AUGGAUUCUACACGCGAUACUAAGAGCUCGAUUCCUGGAGUCAUUUUACGUCCGUCGAAAUGGCUUCCGUUGUACGAGGACUUUGUCACCAAGAACGCUAGCUCUGUGGGCCAAGUAGAGUCUGCACUGAGAUCUCUAACAUAUAUCAUCCCAGGACGCUACCGGGAUUCCGAGAUACCCUCAGAAUGUGUACACUCUGGUGUACAGUUAUUAACGCUUUAUCAUGACUCUCUUGUUUCUCGGGUCGCUUCCGGUCUCCCACCCGCUGCUCGGCCGACGCCAACACCUCAUUCUCGGUAUACGAAAUACUGGACCUCGCAUUCAUCUCUAUAUCGCAAAACUGCCCUUGCACUUCAGAUGGUCCAAUAUACGGAGAUACUCUGGGAAAUGACCGCGCGACGCCGCGGUGAGAAAGUUCGUUGGCGGGUCGUUGUUUUGAUUGAAGUCAUUAAAGCGAUGUGCCGUCUCUUGUUGCUUCGCCUUACAAAUUCCAGACCCCUUGUUAGCCCACCACUCCCGGAACGCGAACUUGACCCUAGGUCAACACAAGAGGAAGAUGACAGUGACUGGAACGGAAUGGAAACUCCUGUCAGCGAACGGCCAUCGGACUUGAAUUGGAAUAUGCCCCGAACGGGCCUGUCGCUUCCUUCGCUUCCCGAUGUGAAUGAUAUAUCAAACUAUCUCAUAUCGAAGGUUCUUACCGCUGACGACAUCAAACCGCCAAAGUCUCUUUUGCAUCGUGUCACUGGCCAAGGCCAACUGGCGGAGAUUAUGUACAUUCUUCGACCGGUGGUUUAUGCACUUGCAAUGCAAAGAUGGUAUAAAAACAAGCAGAGCUGGCGGCCCUGGCUGAUCGGCUUUGGUAUGGAGUAUGGUUGUCGACAGCUCGCGAAGGCUGAUUUCCGGGAGAGGGUCGCUGGCGGCCUCAGAGGACUUACGGGCCUCGAGCGGGAAGAGCUAAGGAAAAGAGGGUGGGCGAUGGGUUGGUGGUGUAUGCGCGGUGCAUUCUACGACAACAUCACUAGGCCUUGGCUGAACGGAAUGGUUCGGAAAAUGAAGGGCAAGCCUCUACUUGACUUGGUGGGAAGUGUUGUGGAAGACUACGAGUACUUGUGGGAUAACUUCUACUUCCCAACCGCGACCCUGUAA